AAGCAUUUCAUGAUCACCAGAGUCAGGGCCAUGGGUCGGUAAAUCUUCAACCUUGUAAUGGCAGAAGUUUUGUCCACGGGGAUUAUGGUGGCAGCUUUCAGGCAGGUUGUCACUGUGGCUCGCUGCAGCAAACAGUUCAAGAUGUUAGUGAAAACUGCUGUGAGCUGAUGAGUGCAUGACUUCAGCACCCUCCCUGAUAUUCCAUCUGGUCCUGGUGAAAUGGUACUCAGUCCAUCCUAGUAAGAUCACUGGAGUGAGUUUUAUGGAAAAGUUACUAAGCUGCUCAUUCAGACAUGAAGCCGACACAUUCAAAUUAACAGAACAGGUUUCAAAUCUAAACCAACUCACUCCAAGCUGAACAAAAUCCUCCAAGCAGCCACUUCCUGCAGCCAGAAAACAUUCUCCUUCGUCUCUUCUUUUUGUGUCUUUUCUUUUCUUCUGUUUCUCUCUUUUCCCCUUUCCUCUACUCUUUUCUCUUUUUAUCUGCUCCUUCUGGUCCUUCUUGUUGUCUUUUUCCCACUUUGGCCUCUUCCACUUCUGUUGAUCUGAUGUGCCUUGCAGCAUUUCUUCUCCUGCAGCUUCUUAGGUUUACCCCCCAGCUUGGCCGUUUCCUGCUGCAGUUCAGUCAUUCUUUCCUCCAUCUUCUUCAACAGUUCAUCUGCCUGUUCUUCGUCCUCUUUCAUUAGCUGGACUUCAAUGUCUUCCCCUCUUUGGAGUUUGAGGAUGUCGUUGACGUUCUUCAGUCUUUCAUCCUCAGAGCUUCGUCCAGCAGUCCAUAUUCUUCCUGUUAAUACAUCACCUGCUCGACCAGGGAGGAAAUUCAUAGCUUUAAGCAGCUGCAGAGGUCUUCAGCCUUCUCCUUUUCUUCCUUCAGAGUUUCAGUCCUGAUGUCCAAGCUGUGGACUAACUUCUGCAGGUCUGAAUUCUGCAACAGCCGUUCCUGUUGCACCAGCAGGUCCUUGUUCUCCUGCUGCUGCAGAUCCUCCCUCACCUUGUGGAGUUUUUUGUUUUCAGCCUGGAGCUUUUCUGUCAUGUUUCUCAGCUCUGCAGAGAGACUUUCCAUCAGGCUCUUCAGUCUGAGGAUUUCUUGCUCCUUGCCCUGGUUGGACUGGUCGUAUUUAAGUUUCUCUGUCUUCAUGGCCUCCUCCAGCUCUUCAUGUUCUCUCGUACCUGCCACUGUUCUCCGAUCAGGGUCAAGAUUUUAGCCUUAUAGGAACAGCAGAGCCUAUCGACCUUUUCCUUUUCUGCAGCACCAGCUCCUGUUGCACCAGCAGGUCCUUGUCCUCCUGCUGCUGCAGAUAAAAACAUUGUAGAAGAAGAGUGUUUUCUAGUAAGACCAUGACUCAAAGCUUACAGCCGAAGCUACACAGAAAUGGUUCAAAGACAGCAAGGUGAAUGUUGUAGAGUGCCCGAGUCAGAAUUCAGACCUCAAUCCAAUUGAGAAUUUGAGGCUGGACUUAAAAAGAUCUGUUCACUCAUAGUCCCUGUGUAACCUAACAGAGCUUGAGCAGUUUUGCAAAGAAGACUGUUGUAAAACUGCAGUGUCCAGAUAUGCAAGGCUGAUUGAGACAUAUCCACAUAGGCUCAAUGCUCUAAUUGUGGCCAAAGGCGCAUCUCUUAAUUAAUAACUUUAAGAGGUAAAAAUUCAGCUAUUUUCUAUCUCUAUUUUAAUUUAUAUUAUUUUGUAGAAAUUGGUUUUCACCUCGACAUGAAAGUCUUUUUUUAAUUCAUUCUUUUCAUAAGAGCCUAAUUACAUUGACCGUUAUUCAGUGUGGGAAAUCCUUAAAAGGGGAAACUUUCAAGAGGGGUGAAUAUUUUCAUUCAUUCUCUGCAAUGUUGUCAGUCUAGAAGGAUACUAGCUGACUUUAUGUUAGGUUUAGUUGUUAACAACUCAUGCUUAGGUCACUUUAAAUUGGGAAAUUCGGACGCUCUUUGCAAAUUAGAAAUGCUUCAGUCAUACUGUUUUCAUGGUGUGAGCUGAGAGUGGCUAUUCACCACUACAGUCAGUGAAGACUCUACCUCACAGAAAAACAUUGUUUGUUUAAUUGUUAAAGCUAAUUGAAAGCUAUACUGUGGGAAUGUAAUUAAAGAGUUUUUACAGCCAACCUAUGUGAAAAGGCUGUUGGUACAACACCUCUGCAUGUAACUAUGCCCUACAAUAAAGACUUCAGAGUUUCCACCAGGUUGUAAGUGCAACACUGCAGAGGUGUUGGGUUGAGUGGUGGAAAAAAUACCAACAUGUGACCAAGCUUAAAUGCCAAUAGACUGCAAAAGUACUGAUACCCAGCAAAGUCUUUGAUGCAAAUUAAACUUCUCACAAAAGUGUGUAAUGCAUAGUGACAGCAUUUUAACAGGACAGCAAUAUAAACUUUUUGUUUGUUUAACAAUAAGAACAAUAUGAAUAUUUAUCAAUCAGAAUUUCCUUUGAUUUGUAUUUUGCUGUUGGAAUCAUUGUUUACUUUGGGGAAAAAAAAUGGAUUAAGUGUAGAUAUAAAGCAGCACCCACGUUGAAGCUUUCAUCUUGAAGAUGAUCUUGUGGUUUGAUGCUGUGUGUUGUCACAAAGAGUUUGCUGUUGACUAAGAUAUGAGACACAGUGAAUGUGGGCAGGUUGCCAAGGAAAGCUUAGAUUGUAUGGUAAAUUUAUACCCUGGUUUAAAUUGUGCUACUUUUGCUGUAGUCAGUUUGGCUGAUAGUCAACUUGAACAUUAACUUUUCUCAGUUUCACUGCAAGGCCCUUUGCUCCGGAAACAUCACCAACAACAAGCCUCAGCAGGAAGUGGUGGGGAACAGACAGUCAUUUCAGACCAUUUAUACCUGUAAUCUACAUGCUCGGUGUGUGAUAAUAUUAAUAUCCAAAUUUAAUAAAAUAUUUAAUAAUUCAAAUUUAACCUUUGGCAUGAUCACUGUUCAAAAAGAAAACAGUUGGUGUUCUGUUUAUGUGAACGACAUUUAGUGUCCCUUUAAAUAACUCAGACCACACUGAUGGUCUUGUGGUUUUGUCCCUUGUCAACUAAAGAAGUUAAUACAGCAUCACCAUGUCCACUGCUGUUCACACUGUAUCAGACGCUGACAAUGAGUGCUGACAAGUGGAUAUUCCUUUUAGCCUUUUGCUUCAUGCACGCGUCUUCAAAUGGUGAGCACUUAUACGAAGAUUAUCACGAGGAUAAUCAGUGUGAAACACAGAAACUCAAGGCUUCUCUUGGCUCGUCUGUGUUCCUACCGUGCAGCUUAUCAACAAGUAGCCAAAACUGGGUGACAUGGACCCACAAUAGUGAGGCAGAGCUGGCAAAGCUCUUCUUUGAAGGGCGCGUCAAGUUCCUGGACCCCAGACAUGGCAGAGUGAAAGCUUUUCCAAACCAGGUCUCAGAGGGAAAUUUCUCCAUCCGCAUCGAUGAGCUGAACAACUCUGACCUGGGCAGCUAUCGCUGUAUACAGGGAGAUUACUGUCAAAAAGUGGAGUUGCUUGCUGACAGUACACUGAGCGAAGAGAUGAGGCUACUGAUUGUCAUCAGCGUUGCUGCUCUCAGUUUGCUGAGUGUUGGUGGAUACUACUUCUGCAAGGGACGCAUAGGUGCCAGAGCUCCACCUGAGGGAACAGGCAGGGCAGUAGUACAUGAACAGCAGACAGUAUCAACCAUCUAUGCCUGACUUAAGACAAAAAAGCAGCAGAUUUCCCUCCCUCUGCCCUGGGUCUGGAAUUCACACAUUUGUGGACCAUCAAGCUGGUUCCAGGGUUUCCUUUUAAUCAACAGACAUCCUCCGAGGCUGACAGACUAAUCAACCUGCGACACCUCUAUCCAAACAGUGGGAUUCAUGUUUUAAAGAGGCCUAAAACUUACAUUUUCAACCAAUGAACAAAGAAUAUAUAUUAAAAUAAGAUAUUCUGGAAUAAAAAAUACAUUGAAGGAAUACUAUCAAAAAAAGUUUUAAAAACUACUAAUAUCUGUAAAGGUUUGUUUUUAGUAGGUUUAUAUACAGUAAAACAAUGUAAUUUCUCACAUUACAUGAGAACAUAUUUUCAUUUGUAAUAAAAAAUUUUUGAUGAAGCUAAUGUGUAAAGUUUUGGCCAGUUUUCUGUCUGAUUGGAUGCUUGUUUUACAGUCAGAAAUUGAACUGAUUUCUUUUUCCUUCCUGUGAUUUUACUGGAUAUUAUCUGCAAUUUAACAACACAAGGAAAUUCUGUAAAAUACAGUUCUAAAAAAAGUAUUUUAGACCCUACUGUACAGCAAACAUCUGUAAAAUUAUUACAUAUUUUGUUGAUUUAGAUACAGCAAAAAUGGUGUAAUUUUACAGUCAAAUGUAAAAGAACAAAUUACCUCAUACAAAAAUAAAACUUUUGAUGCGGAGGUUUUUGAGUUUGGGCUUAUUUUUUUUCCUUUUCACAAAUAAAACAUUUUUAUAUGUGAUUUUACUAGUUGUUUUCUGUAAUUUAACAAAACAGGGAAAAUAACUGUUACAAACAGUCUAAAAAAAUUUAUUUUUUGUUUUUGUGUUUUUUUUGUUUUUUUUAACAGUUUACCUCCCUGAAACCCACAGACUCUGCAGAAAUCUUCAUAGCCACAUUAAAAGAACUCAACUAUUGCAAACUGAACCACACUGGGACAAACACACAAACAGUUUGAAACAAUUACCAUAUUUCUCUUCGACCCAACGUUUCUUUACUUAGCUCAAGUCAAUAAGUCGACCUGUGAAAGUAGGUCAGACUAACGGUAUACAAGAGGGGAACUUCUCCAUCUGCAUCGAUGAGCUUAAAACCUCUGAGAUGAGGAACUGUCACUGUAUACAGGGAGAUUACUGGCUUCAAGUAAUAAUAUUAUUUAUAUAGCACCCUUAAGAACAGCGCUAACAAUGUGCUUUGACAGUCAAAACAUUCAACACAGACAAUCAAGCAAGAUAUAGGAGACAAGUCAGAACAGUCAAUUAAAAUACAGUAAAAGUGAUAAUAAAUGAAUAAUUAGCUAGAUUAGCACUCAUAUCAAACAAGGGAAAGUGGAGCUGUUUGCCAACAGUAAGUGGGUUUCUCUCUAUGUGUUCAGGUAAAGUCUUGUUAAAGCUCAGCAGCUUCCUGUGCAGCAACUUGCAGCCUUUUCCUUUCCAUGGUCACAAACCUCAUCAGCCAAACGUCAGAAAAGACAAGAAAAUGAGCAACUGUUUCCAGUGACAAACCACAUCUACUUAUCGUGAAGGUACAAUGGAUCCAACGCUGAGGCUAAUUAAGAUCAUUGUUGGUCUUGUGAUUUUGGUGCUUAGUCUUGGAUUAUACUGCUGCAAGAAAUUAACAGAAGAUGAAAGUGAUCCACCUGAGGGAGAAGAUGGAGCACCGUUACAAAGACAGCAGAUAGUGUAGCGGCUCUUCCUCCCUCUGCUCUGGAUGUGCUGUUCACACAUUUGAGGACCAUCAAGCUGGUACCAGCAUUUCCCUUUAAUCAGCAGAUGUCGACACAGCAACCAGCACUCCUCUCAAAAUGCCGCCCAAACAAUGGGAUGUAUUUUACUUCAUAUUAUCUGCAAUUUAACAAGAAAAUCUGUAAAACAACAAAACUGUUAUAAAAAUUAUGUAGCGUUUUUCUGUGCUUAAUAAACAGCAAUCAUCUGUAAAAUAAAUACAUCAUUUCUGGAUUCAGAUACUGUAAAAAUGGUGCUAUUUUACAGUCAAAUGUCAAAAAACAAAUUACCGCUUGUAAAAAUAAAGAUUUUUGAUGUGGACAUCA